UCCAACCGAAGUCAGGCGGAAACGUACAGGCUGCGUGCUUGCGGUGAAGUGUGCGCAGCGAAGUCGCUCGGUGAGUUGACAGCAGUCGACGAGCCACCUCGCGGGCUUCCAUCGAUCUGGUGUUGGUAUUCGCAUCGAUUGGUUCACCAUAAAAUAAUGGAACUUAGCAGCGGCCUCCCCUCACGCACAAGCUAUUAGCUGUGAGGCUAACGGCAGCUAGCUGCAUCUUUUAACGAGCCAGCGAGCCGCUGGGGAUGAAGGUCCGGAGGUCUUCAUCGUAACGAAGGAGAAGCUGCGAUGGAGGAAUGCGAUGGGGAGGACACGGAGACACCUGAUCUUCCCCUGGAGAUCCUAGUUUACAUCCUUAUUCGCUUUCUUCACACAUCGGAGAGGAAGGAAGCCUUGCUGGUCAGCCGCAGUUGGUAUUAUGCCAGCCAGGACCUUAGCUUUCAGAAAAAUGUCACCUUCUGCUUCCUGGCUUCAGCCUCGUCGCUGGAGCUGAUCAAGGGUCUGAGCAGAAAGUCACGCUGCAGUCUUAUUAUCAGCCAGCUCGAUGGGUUCAGUAUGUCCAGAUCUCUGCUUCUGGAGGUGGGUCUGUGCCUGGGCUCCAAGUUGGAGAGCUUGUCCCUGCCUGGCAGCAGUAUCACCGAAGCCUCUCUGCUUGCACUCCUCCCCCGCCUCACCUCCCUCCGCAGGCUGGACCUCAGGGGCCUGGACAGCUUCUUCAUGUCCGGCCCUUUCCUCUCGAGGGAGAAGCAUAGACAGCAGGUCCGGUCGGCUCUGUCUGGUCUGGAGGAGCUGGACCUGUCCGACCUGCGGUACCUCUCCGACGUCACCUUCAACCGGCUCACCGGCUGCGCCCCUCGCCUCCGCCGCCUCUCGCUGGCCGGCUGCCACAUCGCCUUCGAGUUUGACCCGUACCGAGGCUGCCCGGUGGGGGACGUUAAGGAUUCCUCGGCAUUGCUGUCGCUGAGGAACGUACGGAGGCUGUUGACGGAGCAGAAAUCCUCCCUUGUUGCUCUGGACCUCAGCAGGACUUCUAUUACCCCCGAGUCACUACGCACUAUAGCACAGGUCAGGUUUCCUUCAGUCCCCCGGUACCUACACACUGGUUUAUUCAGUGACAAAAUACCUGCAUUCUGCUCAUGAUUUCAGUGCGGCCUUUAACUUUUCCUAAAAAUAAGUGUUUUGCUUUCCUGUGAUCAUAGAAUGCAUAGAACGAAGAAAUCAAAUAUAAUAUUCAGAAUUCUGUUUUCAUUAUUUUAUAAUGACUUGAAAGUAAGAAUUGUGAUGUUUUUGUUACCUUUCUAUGUACAUUGUGGAGCAGGUUCACAUGUGUCCAAGGCAGCCAGCACGGUUCAAGAAGCCUUGCGAUGAUGAUGAUGAUGAUGAUGAUGAUGAUGAUGAUGACAUGUAUGAUGUUAUGUCAGCGCUGAUCACAUUCAUUAAGAAAAGGAAUUUAAAAAAGUUAAUAUAUCUUCUGUAGCAGAUACCAUCACAACUUUUAAAGAGUUUCAACAGAAUUUAGGUCCUUUUGUGGUUCUCAAAUGUUUCUAUUCAAUCUAUUAUUUUUUUAAUUUCCUGAAACUUCUAGAACUAUGUUUUAAAAUAAAACCAAACAUGUAUUUAUUGGGCAAGAGUGACUCCAUCCAAAGACAUUACAUGUUUUUUAUUAUAUUAUUAUAUUAUAUUAUAUUAUUAUAUUAUUUUUUUAUCCUGUGAUCGCAAUUUUUCCAAUUUUCUGUCCGCUUGGUCUCCUUUUUUAAUAAUAAAUGUAUAAACUCAACACUAA